UAUCCUGACACUCACUCAUUUUCUCCACCCACCCACUCACUCACUCAAAUGAUGGUGUGAUCUAUUAAGGGCUGUCCUGAAUCUGUACAGAUUCCGUGACCCGCAAACAUCCUAGUGCACUCAAACCUGCAAGGCUCUGGCAUGCAAAGCCACACUAAGAGGAGAGAAAACAAGGAGAGAACUGCGAGUUGCAAAGACCUGACGCCCUACAUGCCUUCAUGGGGAACACCAGUUUUACAGAAGGGAAGACUGCCCUGUCGUUGGGUGGUUCUUCAAUAGCUCGGGGCAAGACUUCCAUCACCAUGGGCAAGUCCUCCAUCACCCGUGGGGUUACCACCACCUCUAUGGGUGAUUCCACCAUCACCAGAGGCAAGACCACCAUCUCUCUGGGCACAGCCAGCUUCAGCCGAGGCAAAACUACAACCUCGUUCCGCAAGGCCCUCAUGCCCAAGCACCGGACCAAGUAGAUGGAAAGGAGAACCACAAACAUUGACACUGGGACACCAAGAUCAAGAAAGACCACUGAAAAGGACGAUACAACAGAUAUACAGCCAGAGAGGCCAGAGGAGGACUCGAAGAGGAAGGCAUUUCUUUUAUUGAGAAAGACCUGCUUUACAAAGGGCAAAAUCAAAAUGAUGAAAAGCAAGAAGGCCAUCUCAUGGGGGAAGACAGUUGUUUCGAGGAGCAAGACCAAACUGAGGAAGGGCGAGACUACGUUUGUGGUGGGUACAACUACAAUCACUCAUGGGGAGACCACUAGUUCUUUGAGCAAGGCCACUUUAAAUCAAGGAGAGAAAUCUGUGACUGUAGUUAAGACUUCCCUCAAAAGAGGCAAGGAAACUCAAUGGAAUCUCUAUUGGGAUUUUCAUCUGUGACUUAAAGACACAAGUAUUACCCCAGACAGUUUGUAAACAAAGAUUGACUUUGUAGAAGAGUGUUCAAGCAGGUUUGUUGUCUUGUGAGAUGCAAGUGUUUGCCAGUUUGCUCAAGAACAGCAGAAAUGCAUUCUAGAGGCAGAAUGAAGUGUAAGUGUACCUAAAAUGAGCUUGGAACGAAGGAUAACAUCUUUGUUGCAGAAAUGGAAUACAACUGAUAAGUUGAUUUUAACAUAAUAGAUGCAUCUAAGAGAAGAUGUUCCAAAAUCACUGAAUAUGGUUUUCAUUUAAUGAAAGUGUGUGAUGGUGUUUGUGGCAUGGUCUGUCACCACAAUUGGAACAGCUGUUGUUCACAUGCAGAAGGGUAUUAGUUGGAAAAGGAUCCAGAUUGUGGAAAUGCAGGGAGAAUUCAGUUUGAGUUGAGUUAGUUGAGAUUUAAACAAGCUGUACUAACCAAGUCAUAAGAAAAGUCAUAAAUUCAUCCAUAGCCUUAAAAUUAAAAUGGUCAUUGCUCAUAUUUUCUCUCUUAAUCUUAUGUUAAUGUUGGAUAAAUUAACCAAUAUAAAAAAGUAUUAAACUAUAAUUGUUAAUAAAUGGAC